GUUCACCGGCGGAGACGUUUCUGUUAGAUUCCACGCAGUUACUAUCACUGAUUGUACACAGCUUCGAACUUUUCCCUUAAAGUAAUUAGGGAGACUACACUCCCUUUUUAUUACCGGGUGUAACGCACUUUUUUUUAAAUGAUUUUCUUAACUAUUGCUGGAACGUAUGUACUAUAACAUGUACUGAAUUGCAUUGCGAGAAAUGCAAGCAAUCGUUUGGGGGGCGAGGGGAAUUACGCUGCAAAAUUUCACCUUGAGGAUUGAGUUCUGUUUUUUUUUCUACACGAAGCAUGUAUUCUUGCAUAGGAUCCUAUCAUUAGGUGGCGAGGACAGAACGACAUUACUGCACAAGUAUUCUGAUUUCCUAAUUUUAUUAUAACCUAUGGCUAGUUCCUUACUUCACAGACAGUGGUCCGUGGUCCAGUAUUUACAUUGUAUCUUCCUUCGUCGCAUGAUUACACUAUGGUUCACAUCUCAUUUUUUAUUUAUUUAAUUUCCCGGUCCGUCCCCCACCCCCUUUCGCAUGAUAAAAAAGGAUGAGCUUUUUGCACAUUCUUAACUUUGGACGAGAAGACCGCUUUAGCACAUUCAGUUACCAAAGGCUUUAAUAACUAAAUUUUCGCAAGAUGUAUCAUGGGAGUGGUAAUUUUCCGUAGAGCAGCCGUUUUGAUUUCCUUUUCCAGGCAUAAUAGUGUUAUUUGUCGAUCACGAGCUUCCCAGCUGUGGAAUGAAUCAUCCGGCAGGCUCAGUCAAGUGAAGAUCAGAUCGUCUGCCUGGCUGUGCGAAGUGAAAACGGUUCCGAGAAGGAAUUCUGAAAGGAAGGGGCUGGAGCCUUUGCUCUGAUCUUAAGGAAGAAAUGGGGAAAGCCUGCUUUACAAACUAUGCAAUAGUUAGCUUGUGCCUUCUGUUGGCCCGAUUUGUUUCUUGGGGAUCUGUAAAGGCGAAGCCUUUGCUCCGCCCUAACGAGAGCUGUGGUACUUGUGGAAAGCCUAAUGUUGUGCUGGUGAUGUGCGAUUCUUUUGAUGGAAGGCUAACAUUUCCCCCAGAAAAUGAAACAGUAGUUUUGCCUUUUAUAAAUCUCAUGAGGAGGCAAGGCAGUCUCUUUCUUAAUGCUUACACCAAUUCUCCCAUUUGCUGUCCAUCUCGUGCAGCUAUGUGGAGUGGCCUUUUCACUCACUUAACUGAGUCCUGGAACAACUUCAAGGGCUUAGAUCCAAAUUAUACAACAUGGAUGGACCUUAUGGGGAGAAAAGGCUACUAUACCCAAAAAUACGGAAAACUAGAUUAUACUUCUGGACAUCAUUCGAUAAGUAACCGUGUGGAAGCUUGGACCAGAAAUGUUGAUUUUUUGCUUCAGCAAGAAGGCAGACCUGUGGCUAAACUCAUAGGCAACAAGACAUAUAUAAGAGUCAUGCAAAAAGAUUGGAAGGUUACUGAAGCAGCAGCAAAUUGGAUAAAGAACAAGGCAACUAAACUAUCACAGCCCUUUGCUCUGUACCUUGGACUAAAUUUGCCUCACCCAUAUCCUUCACCAUCCUCAGGAGAAAAUUAUGGGGCAUCCACAUUUCUCACAUCUCCAUAUUGGCUACAAAAGGUGAAUUAUGAUGCCAUAAAGAUUCCAAAAUGGCCUCCAUUUUCAGAGAUGCACCCAGUUGAUUAUUAUUCUACUUACACCAAGAACUGCAGUGGAGAAUUUACACAGGAAGAAAUCAGAAAUAUUCGAGCACAUUAUUAUGCCAUGUGUGCAGAAACAGAUGCCAUGCUGGGUGAGAUUCUUUCUGCUCUAAAUGAAACAGGACUGCUUGGAAGAACUCACAUAAUAUUUACUGCGGACCAUGGAGAACUUGCAAUGGAACACAGACAGUUUUAUAAAAUGAGCAUGUAUGAACCAAGUUCCCAUAUUCCCCUCCUUAUAAUGGGUCCGAAUAUUAAGUCACAGUUCAUAUCAAAUAUGGUGUCCCUCGUGGAUAUCUAUCCUACCAUGCUUGACAUUGCAAGUAUCCCCAUUCCCAAAAACAUCAGUGGAUAUUCACUGAUGCCUUUGAUAUUGGAAAAUGAAUAUUUCAAAGCCCUAUCUAGAAGGCUCCAUCCUCCUUGGAUUCUGAGUGAGUUUCAUGGCUGCAAUGUGAAUUCUUCAACCUACAUGCUGCGAAUUGACAAGUGGAAAUACAUUGCUUAUUCAGAUGGCCACUCCGUAUCUCCUCAGUUGUUUGAUCUUUCAACUGACCCAGAUGAACUAACCGAUGUAGCCACAAAGUUUCCAGCAAUCACACAAUCUUUGAACAAGAAGCUAUACCAUAUAAUUAACUAUCCAAAAGUCUCUACUGCUGUUGAACAAUAUAAUAAACAGCAAUUCAUCAACUGGAAGCAAAGUUUAGGGCAAAACUAUUCAGAUAUAAUAGCUAACCUCAGAUGGCAUUGGAGCUGGAAAAAGAACCCAAAGAAAUAUCAACAUGCCAUUGACACAUGGAUUAAUGAAUGAAUUAGUAAGAUUUCAGACAACAUUUGUACAUGAUAUUUGAAUAAUUAUAUCUUGCUGCUGUAAAAGGGAACAUAAAAUCAAAAUUGUCCACUAUUAUCAGCCUCCCUAUCUCCUUAUAUAAAUUCUCCCUACCAACACAUUUCUUAACCAGGGUGCAUUAGUCAGAUUUAAAACUAAUUAAGAAGAAAACCUGAUAAUGGAUAACAUGAUGCUGCAUGAUCAGUUGUGUUGCAACAUAUGCAGUAGUGUGAUUGGUCAAAUGGUGACGCCAUUACAACAGUGCAUCCCAGAGGUGGUAUUCA